CAGUAAACACAAGUUGAGUGUAAGAAUCGUUCGUUUUGUAUUCCCUGUUGUAUACACCUCUUGGGAAAGUAUCUUUGUUGACCACUGUUCUGAAGCGUGAGCAGUACUUUGAAAUUAUGGCUGAUGCCUACGACAGAAAUAGAAGAAGACGGAGAAGAGAUCGCAAUGAAUAUGGACGGCAAAGUGAGGAUGUUUCCCCCUCGCCCAGCAAACCACCAGUCACAAUACUUGGACUUGCAAAACCAUCCAAAACAACAUUGUCCUCCGAAUGUGAAGAUAACACUUCGUCCACUGGCGGUGAGAGUCAACACACCGAGGGUCCUAGUGUAUUGUAUUCGGAGAUUUCGACGGACAACCAAACUUUAGGUGACAAAUCAUCUGUUGUUCUGCUGUCAUCUGAAAAUAAGCCACGUGUAACCAUGGUAAAGUCACACCACGAAGGAGAUUCCACAGAUUCUCGCUCUUAUUCAUCACCCAAUGAUGACUCGUCUCAUUCAAGCGAAGAGAGCCAUUCUCAUCCAUCUAUUCCAAUGAAAAGGUCUUCAGCGUCAGUACCUAGUGCAGUGGGUAACAUGAUCAGUGGUGUGAUUGACCAAGGGGCCCAGACUCAGAGCAAACUCGCGCCUCCUCUCGAAAAGCAAGGCAAAAUAAAACUUAUCGAUGACUCAUUUCAAUGGUGUGACACUGGUUUAGAACUUAUGCUUGAUCAAACAGACUUUGUAGUCAUUGGAAUUGUGGGGCUUCAGGGUUGUGGCAAAUCCACUCUUUUGUCUCUGCUUGCUGGCAACACUCAUCAGGAUGCUUACAGGAACUAUUUUUUCUUCCCCCAAACGAAAGAGACUAAAGAAGACUGCCUAUUUCAAACAUCUGGCAUUGAUAUGUUUGUGACAUCAGAAAGAGUCAUCUUGCUGGAUUCCCAGCCGUUGUUAAGUGCUGCUGUAAUGGACUGCCAACUGCGGUAUGAACGAAAAUUUCCGUCUGAGUAUUCGUCCCUGCAAAACUUUAUUGAAAUGCAGUCCAUGCAACUUCUCACAUUCUUGCUGUCUGUGUGUAAUAUUGUUUUAGUGGCUGAUGAUUGGUUUACUGACCUAAAUUUUCUGCGGUUUAUUCAAGAUGCUGAAAUGUUGAAGCCAUCAACGCAAUUGCCGUCUUCAUCAUCAACAGAUGGUUCCUCCACAAAGGAAGAUGGCAGUGACUUUUAUCCAACCGUGAUUUUCGUUCACAACAAAGCCUCACGAGAUGACUUCAGCGCUGACUCGUACUUUUCAAUGCAACAGGUGCUACACCGAGUGUUUCAGUCGUCCAAACUGAAGGUGCGGAACAACAUCAACAUGACCAAUGGUUGUCAAGGCGACGCGAUCAUACACAGAGUAGAAAAUAUGACAAAUCAAGAAGCGGGACAGUUUAACUUGCUCAUGUUGCCCGUCAUGGAAUUCUACAAAUCAGAGCCUGAAUGGCUUCAGACGAUGCUGCCAGAUUACAGGGGCUAUCCCAGCUUCAACACUUUGCUGGCCUUUUAUCGAGCUCAGGUGUUGUCAGCGCACAGGUCACCGGUCACUCCGAGCACGCUGACGGAGAAAAAUUGGUACCACUUUGCUGCCAGAAUGUGGGAAUCUGUCAAGAAGUCACCAUUGUUAGCUGAAUAUAAUAGACUUCUGUCCUAGAGUUUGUGCUCAUUUUCAGCUCAGGCAUUUCUUUUCACAUUAAAAGAAACAAAAAUUCUCUUUUCAUGCAACUUUUCAAACAGCCGUUUAAAAACUUUUGAAUCUCUUUGAUAGCAGCAGAGGUAAUGGAAGUAGAAUGUGACAUUUUUUAAAAGAGUUGGAGUAGUCUGAACUUGAGCUAAAUUCUUGUUUGUUAGCAUCAGAUUGAGAACAAUAUUUUUUGAAAUUUUCUAACUUCACUGUUAGUGAGUUAAUGUUUCAUGAUUUCAUGUGUGUGUAUAUUAUUUUCUAUUUGUGAAAACUAAGAAAAUGCAA